CUCAAACACUUUCUAACGCUCCAUUUUGUCUCUCCAGCUGUGAGUGUGUAGAAGUCGAGGCUGUUGGGUUUUAACGCUCUUCUAUUGUUCUUUACUAUUGUUUUGAUGAGCUGAUGAAUUAAACUCUGUGAUUAGAAGCUGAAGACUACAACGGCCAUGUUGUUCCUGGACUUCAUCCUUUAUAUCUCAGGCUGAUCUCCUCUCAGUGAUCAGAGAUGGAGGUUCCACGUCUGAUCCUAGACUCUCUGGAUCAGCUGGGUGCCGAUGACUUCAAGAGGUUUUGGUGGAACCUCACUCAGCCGGUGCUGGACGGGUGUCGGCCCAUUCCUAAGAGCUGUCUGGAGAACAAGGACCGGCCGGACACCGUCAGCAGGAUGAUCGACAGCUACGGCGAAGAGUCGGCUGUGAACGUGACGGUUGAAAUCCUGAAGAGGAUGAACCUCAACAACGAGGCGGAGAAGUUACAGAAUGCACGCCCAGAGGAUGCUGAUGUUGGAGAGACUUCAGAGAACAGAGGAACAUCCUCCUGUCAGAGCAAAGACGAGAUGGUUCUGGGAGUACACAUCUCAUCUCACCAACAAACGCUUCAAUCACACUUUCAGGAUACGUUCAUGUGUGUACAACAGGCGUGGUUGGAGAAGAAGGAUGAGAAACCUCUGGAUGAGAUCUACACAGAUCUGUACAUCACAGCAGGGGCUGACAUACACAUCAACACUCAGCAUGAGGUCAGGCAGAUUGAGAUGAAGAGGGCGACACUAGCAGAUGAAGAGAGACCAAUUCAACCCAGCGACAUAUUCAAACCCCCGUCUGGAGGAGACAGACCCAUAAGAACAGUACUGACCAAUGGAAUCGCAGGAAUUGGAAAAACAUUUCUUGUGCGCAAGUUUGUGUUGGACUGGGCUGAAAAAAAACACAAUCAAGAUGUGCAUCUCAUUUUCCCCUUCACCUUCCGUGAGCUGAAUUUGAAGGAAGAAAAGUUUUGUUUGUCAGAGCUCAUUCAUGAAUGUAUCGAUGAGACCAAAGACAUCAAGACAGAAGCUCUUAAUCACAUCUUCACAACUCUGCAGUCAUCAGCAAACACCAACUACAACAAGAGUAAAUUCAAACUUCUGUUUGUUUUGGAUGGACUGGAUGAGAGCCGCCUUCAUCUGGACUUCAACAACAAAAAGAUCCUGACUGAUGUGACAGAGUCCACCUCAGUGGAUGUGCUGCUGACGAGCCUCAUCAGGGGGAAACUGCUUCCCUCUGCUCGCCUCUGGAUAACCACACGACCUGCAGCAGCCAAUCAGAUCCAUCGUGAUUUUGUUGGCAUGGUGACAGAGGUCAGAGGGUUCACUGACUCACAGAAGGAGGAGUACUUCAGGAAGAGGUUCAGUGAUGAGGAGCAGGCCAGCAGGAUCAUCUCCCACAUCAAGACCUCACGAAGCCUCCACAUCAUGUGCCACAUCCCAGUCUUCUGCUGGAUCACUGCUACAGUUCUGGAGGAUGUGAUGAAGACCAGAGAGGAAGGAGAGCUGCCCAAGACCCUGACUGAGAUGUAUGUAGAAUUCUUGGUGUUUCACACUUAUCAGACAGAAGAGAAGUAUGACCAAAAAAAGUUCAAUCAGUACAUUACGUCAUUAGCAAAACUGUCUUUUCACCAGCUGGAAGAGGGCAAUCUGAUCUUCUAUGAGAAAGAUCUCAAAGAGAGUGGCAUUGAUGUCAGUGAAGCCUCAAAGUGCUCAGGAGUGUUCACAGAGAUCUUCAAAGUGGAACGUGGGAUGAAGAAUAAAAAUAAGAUCUUUAGCUUUGUCCAUCUGAGUGUUCAGGAGUUUCUGGCAGCGUUCUACGUAAGAAUGAAAGUCAUUAACAGAAACAAGAAUGUGAUGUUGGAGCCAGGGCAAACUUUUGGCGAUAAGGUGCGAAUGUUUUUCAACAAAACAUCUAUAACAGAGGUCCACAGGUUUGCUAUUGACAAGGCCUUGAAGAAUCCAAACGGACACCUGGACCUAUUCCUCCGAUUCCUCCUGGGUCUUUCACUGGAGAUCAAUCAGGCUCAUCUAGAAGACCUACUGAAAAUGAAAAGUAGCUCACAGACCAAUCAGGAAACAGUCCAGUAUAUCAAGGAGAAGCUCAGAGAGAAUCUGUCUCCAGAAAAAAGCAUCAAUCUGUUCCACUGUCUGAAUGAACUGAAUGAUGGUUCUCUAGUGGAGCAGAUCCAACGGUCCCUGAGAUCAGGACGUCUCUCCACAGAUGAACUGUCUCCUGCUCAGUGUUCAGCUCUGGUCUUCAUCUUACUGACAUCAGGAAAAGAUCUGGACGUGUUUGACCUGACGAAAUACUUUGCUUCAGAGGAGACUCUUCUGAGGCUGCUGCCAGUGGUCAAAGCCUCCAACAAAGCUCUGCUGAGUAGCUGUAAUCUGUCAGAGAGAAGCUGUGAAGCUCUGUCAUCAGUCCUCAGCUCCCCGUCCUCUUGUCUGAGAGAGCUGGACCUGAGUAACAACGACCUAAAGGAUUCAGGAGUCAAGCUGCUGUCUGCUGGACAGGAGAGUUCACACUGGAAACUGGAAACCCUCAGGUUGAGUGGCUGUAAUCUGUCAGAGAGAAGCUGUGAAGCUCUGUCAUCAGUCCUCAGCUCCCAGUCCUCUAGUCUGAGAGAGCUGGACCUGAGUAACAACGACGUGCAGGAUUCAGGAGUCAAGCUGCUGUCUGCUGGACUGGAGAGCCAAUACUGUCAACUAGAGAUUCUCAGGGUUGAACCUGCUGGAGAUCAGUGGCUGAAACCUGGUCUGAGGAAGUAUGCCUGUGAACUCACAAUCGACACAAACACAGUGAACAGAAAGAUCAAACUGUCUGACAACAACAGGAAGGUGACACGUGUGGUGGAGGAGGAUCAGUCAUAUCCUGAUCAUCCAGACAGGUUUGACUCCUGGCCUCAGCUGCUGUGUAGAACUGGUCUGACUGGUCGCUGUUACUGGGAGGUCGAGUGGAGAGGAAUAGUUUAUAUAUCAGUGAGUUACAGAGGAAUCAGAAGGAAAGGAGACAGUGAUGACUGUAGGUUUGGAAAGAACGAUCAGUCCUGGAGUCUGAGGUGCUUAUAUGGUCGUUACUCUGUCUGCCACAAUGACAGUACAACACAACUCCCCUCCUCCUCCUCCUCCUCCUCCUCCUCCUCCUCUGGUAGAGUAGCAGUGUAUGUGGACUAUCCUGCUGGCUCUCUGUCCUUCUACAGAGUCUCCUCUGACACACUGAUCCACCUCCACACCUUCUACACCACAUUCACUGAACCUCUUUAUCCUGGCUUUGGGGUCUGGGCCUACUCUGGUUCAGUGUCUCUGUGUUCUGUGGAGGGAGAGUCUCCUCCUCUGUAAAAACUCACUCUGCUGACGAUCAGAUUCAGAUCAAUAGAACAAAAUAUAAUCAACAAAUAAAUCACUUUUAUAUAUUAUUAUGGAGAAAACAAUGAACCUUUAUUGAUCCCUCGGUGAAACUCAGAAAUGAAUACUUUAGUACUUUUACUUUCAUUGUGAAUGCAGGACUUUCAGGUUUCACUACUUUAACUUAAAGAUCCAUUGAAGACUUUUGGAUGAAUGAACAUAAUAUUAAUUAAGUAUAUUUUCAUCAUCACCUGAAGAUAAGAAUCGUGUUUCGUUCCCUUAGAAUGAGCAGAAGUGAUGAUUGUGUAAUUGAUGAAAACACUAGAAAUCUUUGUGUUUGAUGAGCUUCAGGUUGGGCUCUGAUGUUUCCGU